UGUACAAUUCUAAAGUAAAUAUUUCACUACUUAUUCUAAUUGAGUAAGAGUAUAUGUACGUACUUACGUGUACUGAAUUAAAAGUAAAAAAUACUGUUGACUAAAACUACUAUGAAAAGUACAUUUUCUCCUAAGCGCAAGUGCAGUAAAUAGUCGGAUUUUGCCGUUCUAGCAUUUCUAUAUCUAGCUGCUCCUCACUGCCGCCGCCGCCGGCGCCAUCUUUGUUUCACUCUUACACAACAGAAGAGCAAGGAAUCCAAUCGCCACAAGUUUUCUCACGGAAGACCGACAGUUUAACUCUUGUCUUAAGUAAUCCUGUGUUGAAGUGAAAACGAUAGCUAGCUUCAAAGCUUGUUGCUAGGCCUAUCGACUUACCCAUAACAUUUCAAAGUACGUAUUUAUAUGUGGAGUUCUCAUAAAUGUACGACAUUUCUAUUCGUUAUUUGUACUAAAGCUUAUAUUAAGAUUUGUCUGUUUAUAAGACAUGAUUUCUGAGAUGUAAUUAAUAAUCCCCUCAGGCGCCGUUCGGUUCAGAUCAUCAUCAUAGCUACUAGCUAGCUAAUGUGUGUGAACAAAUUGUGUGUUUACAGUACCUCGGAUGGUGAAAAGCGCGUUCUUCCAGUAAUUUCUGGAACCCCUAGGAGCACCUCUCAGAAGUGCCUGCAGAAAACAGGAGUUUGCUCAGCUGCACCAGAGACUCCAGUCCCCCUGCAGAAGACAGUAUUCAGGAACCGUAUUUUGUCCGUCUGCCAGGAAUUCAGGAAAGCUGUAGUCUGCACCAGCCUGAGCAUGACAAACCACGGCGAUGACUGCUACUUUUAUUACUAUUCCACCUGCACCAAGGGCGAUAGCUGCCCUUUUCGUCACUGCGAGGCUGCAAUGGGCAGUGAGAUUGUUUGCAACCUCUGGGAGGAGAGCCGCUGCUUUCGCAAGAUCUGCAAGUUUCGUCACAUGGAGAUCAAGAAAAAGCGCAGUGAAAUUCCUUGCUACUGGGAGAACCAGCCAGCUGGAUGCCAAAAGCCGCACUGCGCUUUUCACCAUGAGAAGCCUCGCUUUAUUGAUGGAAUUUAUGUCCCACCCAGUAAAGUAUCAAUCUUAAAAAAAGAAGUGGAAGAGGAAGCACAUCAGGUGGAACCACCCCCUCCUGCCCCUGCUCCAGUCUCAAACCCAGCUAACCCCCAACUCCGUGGCGUAAUCAAGGCUGAGACUUUGGAAAAUGUGCCAAGCCCCACUCACCCUCCAGUGGUCAUUAGUACUGUUGAUGAUGAAGAUGAGGAUGAAGAUGAUCAGCUUUCAGAAGGGGAGGAGAUCAAGUUGGGAUCAGAUGCUACUAGGAUUGUCUCACCCAGGAAACUGAUUCCUGGCACCAACCAAGAUGAUUCCUUAAACUUCGGCAUCAAAACACUGGAAGAGAUCAGACUGAGGAAAACCCUCAAGGCAAAUUUAAAGAAAAUAGGCCAGUCAUCCAGCCAAAGUAGCAACACCACUGUGGAGAAGGAGAACAUGAGGUCUUCAUCGAAGGCAUGCUUUUUUACUGACAAGGAAGAGACCCCACUUUUGCCUGAGGAGCCUGUAAAACGGCGCAUUGGUGACAGGCUUGGAAAGAGGAGGGUGUCUCGCGCUGCAGACAAACAAAUCAUUGUCAACAAAGAUGAUGCUGUAAACAUUGACGUACCACUCAAGCGCCGACUUGCUGAGCGCCUUGGGAGAAAAUUGACUGUUUCAGAAGAUGAUGCAGACACCCCCAAGGUUUUAAAAUCAGUUCGAGAGAGACUAGAGCUGUCUGUGGAACCUUCUGCUUCUGAAACUGAAAACUGUGGUGAUGCCAAGUCACCUGGAGAGAUCCGGAUCAAGACCCUGGAGGAAAUCAGGCAAGAGAAGGCAGCUAGGUCUCAGGGGCAAGCCAAAGAUGCUAAUGUUGAGGUUGCUUCCACCAAAGCCCCCAGUUCUACGAAGAGAGCUGCCAAGAUCCUUCCUAGUCCGCCCCUCAGAACCUUCUCUGAGGUUCUCCAUGCCAAGAAGAAAGAGAAGGAGCAAAGAUCAACCAAAGAACCUGAGGCUGCCACCUCUGAGAAGAGCAAGACCAUGAGAAACAUGGGAACCCAGGGGAAGAUGCCCACCCAGCCAGGAGAGGUCAGAGUGAAAACCCUAGAGGAGAUCCGCAAGGAAAAGGCUGAAAGAAUGCAGGCCAAAGGGGAGGAGGUUAGAACUGAGAAGAGCUACUCUACUGGUGAUGAGCUUCCUAAGAAGAGGAUGCUGCGCAUCAGGAAAGCUGUGGCUCCGGCAGGAGCGUUCAGUGUCAGCGAUAAAACUGCUGAAGCAAAGGAGAGGUCAUCGGAUCCUGUCGACACAGAGACAAGUGCAGCAAGUGUGAAAGUGCACUCCUCGGAAGAGAACCGUAUCAAGGUGAAAACUUUUGAAGAGAUAAUGCGGGAGAAACGGCUUCGCAUGCAGCAGCAGGAGUUGUCCUCUGUCCAGUGUGAUGAGCCCUCCCCCGCCACAACCCCAAAACCAGCAUUAGUCCCCAAGAAGGAACAAUCUCUCAGUAAAGUUAGACAGAGGGGAAGCAUAGCCUCACCCUCAGAGCCCAUUUCUGCACCAAAGAUCUCUCUGUCAGGUGCACAUCAGCACGUAGCCCUUCAGCAGGAAGAUGGGUUUUCUGUAUCGGAUGCAAGACAAGAAGAAGCAAUUUCUCUAUCCGUGGAGAAAGUGGAGACCGGUUCUUCCACUUCAGUCCGUAAAGAUUGUUGCUUACCUCUGAAGCAGAAGGUCUGUCUGGCCCCUCCUCCAGUCCCACAGGCAGCUCCUAACCUCACUUCCAAGGAGCCACAUGAUGUUGUUCUUAAGACAUCACCUGGGCAGGUUGCUGAACACAAAGUGAGACCCAAAUUAAAUGUGAAGCCAUCAGUGAUGAAGCCUGCAGCACCUGUGAAACUUUGCCAGAAACGGAAAGCUGUUGAGACACAGAGAUCUGCUAUUGCAGAGGUAAAGCCUCUCAACAGUGUCCCAACUGCUGUGGAAGACCAACCAAAAGAUGUGCUCAGAAUGCAUUCUGAGGUGUUGGUACCCUCUGAAGGUCCAGAGAAUGAUGUACAAGGAAGAUUUUGGGCUCCAAAACCACCAGUGGUGGAAUUUUUACAAAAUAUCAGCAACAUAGAGAUGGAACCUGAAAGCUCUUCAAGUGCACAGCCAGAUGGAGCAUCACUUGCAGAGCAGAGCAGAGUCACAGUCAAUUCUGCUCUCUUGCCAGCCAGCGAACCCCAUGCUGUCCCACACAGCUCAGUCAUGGCACCAAAGCAGCCCUCCCAGGGUAAGGCCCGUCGCCUGAGCAGUGUGUCUGCACGUGCUGGUGGUGCCCCAGAAGAUGACUUUGAUGAGUUGAUAAGUGAGUUUACAGAUGACCGUAUAGAGGAUGAGAUGGAGUUGGACCCUUGCAAAGGUGGAGAUGAUCUGCUGCUUGAGCUGUCAGAAAUGAUUGGUAAUUAGAGCAGCUCUGGACAAUGGGCAGCGCAGCUGUCGCGAAGACAUGGAACAGGCUUAAUUCUGCAUUUUGGGGAGGAAAAGUAAACUGAAGAUCCAAUUCAGACUGUGUAACCCCCUGUUUUUCUGUCGUUACCAGUACCACGCUGUUUCGCUGUCCCUGAAGUUCAUAAAUUAUGGCUUACUUAGACAGCCUGGUCUCUAGUAUAAAUGUUUUAAAAUGUGUCCAUUUUAUUUUAGGAAAUCUUGAUUUGUUGUUCAUGUAACCACCUUAUGUAUAGUCCCUGUACAUUUAACAUUUAAAUGCUAAAAGUUUUGUGUUCCCAGCGGGAAUCCUUUUAUGUAUUUUUAGAAUGCUUGGUUUGGGGUCUUUUGUACAUUGUAACGUUGAGAAUGGAAGCCAAAUACCGUGCUUGUCAGCAUUUUUGGUUGAAUGAAAAAGCCAUAUACUUCUCUGUACGUCUUCUCAGGUGUAUUCUGGAAAUGGCUUCUUCAAGCUAUCAAAUACACUGACUUCAUGCCUAGAGCUUUUCAAGCAACUGCAAUGAGGUCACAGCUGAGCUUCAGUUCGAGACAGAACCCUUUGAAUUAUUUUUUUUUUUUUUUUUUUAAUUAAAAAAAAGGGGGGGAUUCUGGUCAUAGUUUAACGAGAAAAAUAAAAGUAUUUCACCUCAGCAUAAUUUUAACACAUUGAACCCACAAAUAAAUGCAGUAGGGAUCAUACACUUCGCACUUUUUUCCCCCUCCCCAAUUCUACCAAUUGCAUUUGGUCCAUUAAGGAAAAAAUGUGCUGUUUGUGCAGAACAUGAUUUACACGUGAAGUUCUACACAAAAGGAGUAACGGCACACUUCUUGCUCGCUCCUUGCUAGUUUAUAUACUGUUCAGUUUUAUUCUACUUGGAGUAUGUCCACUCAUUUUCGCAAAACACUUCUCUGCCUUGAUUUAAAAAAAAAUGCCCAUCAUAUCUACUGAGCUGUGAACAUUUGGUACAUGCAAUGGCUCUAUGAAAUGUCAUGUAGAGAAGUCUUAUAUAGUUGUAGAUGUAUUUAUCUUUUUUGCAUGUACAUAAAGGUUUUUCUUACACUCAAAGUUGGUUUCUGAAUUUUUCCAUCAUUGUUUGUGGAAUGAUUGUUCUGUGAUUCCACUGGGGACCAUCUUAACCCAUCAUGUUUGCAUUUGUUAUUGCAGUCUAAUGGAACUUUAAAAACUUUUUCUACCUGUACAUGUACUGUAUUUCAGAUGUUUCUCAGGGAAGACAAGUUAAUUGUUUCCACCUGUUUAUAUUACAUUUGCUGUAUGCUGUUAUGUAAAUGGCUCCUGUUCUCUGCCAGCUAAGAUUUAAGAUAAAAAUGAGCCAUUUUGUUCAUUUCUAUUUCAUAACAAUAAUUAGAUUUGGAGUUUUCAUCCUGCAAUGUGAAAGAGUGGUGGCAGUAGAAGCUUUGUUUUGUUUUUGUUUUAAAUGUCACUUUAUCUGGACUCCCUUUGUAAAUAAAAAUUUGAA